AUGAAUUCCAACCAAACCAUCCCCACCACAACGGGGCCGUUGUCCACGACGGACACGGCCAUGUUGGAGGUCCUAGUCCCCGGCUAUGGCUUCAUAUCACGCAUGUUGAUGUCCUAUCUCAAUUUUGAUGUCAGCGCCUACCUGCAAAUCCUAGUCAGCCUCGCUGUCUUUGGCGCGACUGCUCGAUACGCUUUGUUCGUCAUUUGGGCGCACUUCAAUGAGUUAUUUGUGUCAAGAGCCGAGAUUCGCCUGGAUGAUGAGAUAUUCCAAUAUCUGAUGUUCUGGAUCUCACGCCAGCCGCAUAUGAAAAAUACAAAUCGAUUCGUCGCUGGUCUCAAAACCAACAGUUACUGGAACAAUGAAGAUGAAACCGACGAAGAGGACCUCGAAGACGACGAGGACAACGAGGAUGAGACUGUCAACGGCAAGAGUAAUGAUUCCUUCGAUUCGUACUGGGCCAAGGUCACCACCCGGGACAAGUACAAGAAGAUGCAAUUUACUCCCUCGGAAGGCUCCCAUUACUUCUGGUACAAGAACCGCCCUCUCAUGCUCGAGCGCGAACACCGGGACGGCGGUAUGUGGUAUGUAAUGAACAACGAGCGGAUCUACCUAUCGUGUCUCGGUCGGAAUCCUGCGAUUUUGAAAACACUACUAGCCGAGGCACAGCAGGCGUAUGUCGAGCGUGACAGGAACCGCACGGUAAUCUAUCGCGGCUCGCGGAUUGCCGCUGGCCAAUCUUUCAAUUGGUAUCGGUGUAUGGCCCGCUUACCGCGUCCUCUUUCGACCGUUAUUCUUGACCAAGAUCAAAAGCAAGACUUCCUUGAUGAUAUCAAGGAAUACCUGCACCCCCGUACCCGGCGCUGGUACACCAACCGUGGAAUCCCGUAUCGGCGUGGAUACCUUCUACACGGUCCUCCGGGGACUGGCAAGACGAGUCUGUGCUUUGCAGCGGCCGGAAUCCUUGGAUUGAAGCUCUACUUGCUUGACUUGAAUUCCACAGCUUUGGACGAGGAGAGUUUGUCGUUACUGUUCUCGGAACUACCACGUCGAUGCAUUAUCCUACUUGAAGAUAUCGACUCAGCAGGUAUUACAAAGGCUCGGACCGCUGGAUCUACAUCUACAUCCACUCCAGAUACCCCCGUGAAUGAUGCCACCCCGAAGGACGGCAGCGCCGAAGCGGGUAGUGCAGCCGCCACAGAGAAGACGAAGAAAGGCGGAAUUACGCUUUCAGGACUUCUGAACGUUAUUGAUGGUGUUGCCGCCAGUGAGGGCCGCAUCCUCAUUAUGACUACCAAUCACGUCGAGAAGCUUGAUCCGGCUCUCCUCCGUCCUGGCCGUGUGGACAUGAAGAUCGCUUUCGGGUGCACAAGCGAAGCAGACAUCAAGGAGCUCUUCACCUCGAUCUAUGGGACGAAGGCCAACGACAUUUCCCGUAGUGGAGCCCCAACAACACACAGCAAUGGUAGCAAUGGUUCAGUCAAGUUUCCGACAGCCACCAUUGUUGCUAAUACUGCCAAGACAAACGGCAAGAUUGUCCAAAACUCCGAGGAGAGUAACGGAGGGGUGGAAAAGGGCAAGGAAGAAGACCUGCAGGGUCUUGUAUUCCUCCGAUCCCGCAUCUCAGACUUGGCGUCUGAGUUUGCUGCUGUUGUUCCGAGUGGCGAAUUUACAGCUGCGGAGAUCCAGGGAUAUCUUCUCAAUCACAAGGAGACACCCGAGGUGGCAAUUCAGGGUGCAGCGGAGUGGGUGCAAACGUCCCGGGAUAAGAAGCGUGCUAGUGAGGGACCGGGAGAGACUGAGGAAGAGGCUAAGGCCGAGGGAGAGGAAAAGGAUAAAGCUUAG